AUGGCUCUGGAUGGCAGGAUGAACGUUUACCAGGCAGUAGACAAUCCCACGGUCAUGAUGCGAGUGCUGCUGAGUCUGAUCCCGCUGCUACUCAUCGCAUGGAGCGCAAACAACACCGAAGCACUGCCUGUACAGAACAAACUGCCAAACAGCAAUGAGGUGCUGACAAAAGAGCAGAAGGACUUCCUGACAAAGUUUCUAGCCAACCUUGCCGAAUUGAACAUGACCAUCAAAGACCUGGAAACCAUGGACUCCGAGCAGCUGAGUAAACUGAGUGAAAGAGCUGCUCUUGGCCUGCCACCUGCUCGAGAGAAAUCCCCAUGCAAGAACUUCUUCUGGAAGACUUUCUCUUCAUGUUAA